AUGUUAAAAGGUUACUUCCACCGUGAUUUGAAGCCAGAAAAUCUACUCUGCUCCGGCGUCGAUGUUGUCAAGUUGGCGGAUUUCGGUUUGGCCCGGGAAAUUCGUUCUCAGCCACCUUUUACAGACUACGUCUCUACUCGAUGGUAUCGAGCCCCUGAAAUUCUCUUGCGCUCGCAGACUUACAAUUCUCCCAUUGAUUUAUUCGCUGUGGGUUGUAUAAUGUCAGAGCUAUUUACUCUGAAACCUCUUUUUCCUGGCGACUCGGAAAUUGAUAUGCUUUUCAGAAUUUGCACUGUUCUCGGCACUCCAUUACAGCAGGAUUGGCCUGAGGGUUAUAAGCUGGCAAGUGCAAUGAAUUUCAGAUUUCCCAAGUGCCAUCCUACUCGACUAAGUAGCAUCGUUUCCAACGCCAGUGCAGCCGCCUUGCAGCUGAUCGGCGAAUUGAUCUCGUGGAACCCGAAGAAACGACCGACAGCUCAUGCUGCCCUGAAAAGCAGGUUCUUCACUGUUCCUGAUGUGGCUAAACGGUCAAGCAGUGAGAUGGAAAACAUUGCACCUGCUCAUACGGUCUCAAAGGCCGCGACGGUUUGUGCAUUAACCUCCCUCAGUGACACAUUUGUUACUCCUGUCCCCAACACUGUCAUCGCUUGUCACAGAGGUUCAGAGGUUAGGGACAAAACCGGUGAGGACAUUGUGCGAAACGUUGGCGGUCGGAGUAUUCGGAAACUUAUUAUCGAAUCUGGUGUCUCUCCACAACCCUCUGUCCUCUGCAGUGACCAAAAUAGAGUUCGAAUGACUCCUUCUUCUCCUGCUUUUAAUGUUGUCAACUUGGACACCGCCAAAUGUCCCCCCUACAGCCUCUACAGCCAAUGGGAGGCUAAUGACAUCUCCAAUGAUCGAGGGAGGCGCUCGAAAGCUCUUGGUGCAGCUAAUGAGAGGUUUGUCGGUGAGACAGCACAGGUGAAUCACCCUAACUAUGCAUAUCCCAACCAAAACACUUUCCAUUCACUGACCAACGGACUACAACCUUUCGCUCAUGCCAUCUACGCCGCUAAGCACAGGCCUAGCGGACGUAUUAUGAGCUUUUCUCUUGUUUCUUUGGAGUCCUCAGGAUCGAAUUGGGUGCCCUUUUGUAGUUAA